GAGCAGCUGAUAUUCGCAAUACUUUUGCCUUGGCUCGAAAAUAUGCUCAAGAAAAAGGCGGCUGUUUCAUUUUUGUUGAUGAAAUUGACGCUAUUGCCGGUAAACGACAUCAAUCAAUUACUUCCCACCACGAGACUUUGAAUCAAUUACUUAAUGAACUAGAUGGAUUUUCUCCGCGGGAAAAUGUAAUUUUUCUCGCCGCAACUAAUUCCUUAAACACCCUUGACCCGGCUCUUUUGCGCCCUGGUCGAUUUGACCGGCAUAUUUACAUUUCUUUACCUAAUUACAAAGCUCGGCAAGAAAUUAUUAGUUUAUAUGCUAGAAAAAAACAAUUCACUGCUGAUGUUGACUGA